CUUAGGCCCGCAACCCCUUCGAAAUUGAAUAGCUGGAAUCAGGAGUACUUUGGAAGUACAAGUAAAUUCCCAUUGGUCGAGCGCAGCUUUUCUCCUAGCAACGGCUUGGGCAGCGUUCCAAUUAGAAUAUCCCGUGUCUCCUCCGCAGAACUUGAAAUUCUGAACCAUUUGCGCGAAAUGAUUGGCGGUGGAGUGGCUCAACGGGAUAGGCCGAGCUGCACCGAUCAGCCAAUCGGGUACACCCGAAGCACAUCGGAGGAGGUGCUAAAUGAGUUUCAGACCCUGGGCGGAGAGAGGGGGGGGGGUUUGGUAUGCGGCUUCUACUUUUCUAGCGUGUGAUACGAAGUGGCAACCCAGCAGAAGAUUGUCCUCUCGUGCAUUCGCUCGUGUAGUACUGUUGCUUUUGUCUGUCCACAGCGGGGCACUGAAAUAAAUUAAACAGGAUCUAUGCACUUUGCAUGUCGCCUCGACAUCUGAAUAACUAGUUUUUCUUUGAAUAACCGUAGACUACUGCGCGCUGCAUUUCCUGUUAUUUGGCGUUGCGUAGAUAGCCGUUGCAUGUCUAGAUAGCAAUUUAAACGCUUACAUCGCUAACGUUAAAGGUACGCCUCAUUUAAGUUGACAUCAUUUUUUUAUUUUAAACAAGAUUUAAAGUAUCGCCCAUAUGACGACUUCGUUUCAAUGCUAGUUGGCUUAUACAGGCUCAUUUGUUCUGAUCUUUGAUCUUUAAGAAUUAAGAUCGAAAAGCAACUUUGUUGCAAGUAGUCUCUUGCAAGGACAUACAGCCUACUCGAAACUAUGGAGGACAAUCGGCUGCACAACGCUAUUGAAUUCAUCAAAGAUCAACUCUAUUUUGCCGUUCUCCAGCAGAAAGUGAAAAGCACACCAGAAAGGCAUUACUUUUGUAUCGACGAGGAACUCUCAUAUGAAAAUUUCUAUGCAGACUUCGGUCCGCUCAACCUGGCGAUGUUUUACCGCUUCUGCUGCAAGCUCACCAAGAAAUUGAAGUCUUUCACCCUUGCAAAGAAAAAAAUAAUAUUCUACACUUGCGGUGACCAGAAGAAGCAGGCAAAUGCAGCAUAUCUGAUUGGCUCCUAUGCUGUGAUGCACCUGCAGAAGUCUCCUGAGGAGGCGUACAGCCUGCUGGUGUCCCGAAAUGCCACUUACCUGCCGUUCAGAGAUGCUUCGUUUGGAACUUGCAUGUACAACCUCAACAUCCUGGACUGUUUACGAGCCAUCAGUAAGGCCUUGCAGUUCGGGUGGCUCGAUUUCUCCAAAUUCGAUGUUGAGGAGUAUGAACAUUACGAGAGGGCAGAGAAUGGAGACUUUAACUGGAUCAUUCCGGUGAAGUUUUUGGCCUUCAGUGGCCCUCAUCCCAAGAGCAAAAUUGAGAACGGAUACCCUCUCCACGCCCCCGAGGCCUACUUCCCCUACUUCAGGAAGCACGGCGUCAGCACCGUCGUGCGGCUCAACAAGAAGAUGUACGACUCGCGGCGGUUCACCGACACCGGGUUCGAGCACCACGACCUGUUCUUCGUGGACGGCAGCACGCCCACCGACGCCAUCGUCAACCGCUUCAUGAACAUCUGCGAGAACGCGGAGGGGGCCGUCGCGGUGCACUGCAAGGCCGGCCUGGGCCGGACGGGCACGCUGAUUGCCUGCUACAUGAUGAAGCACUACCGGCUGACCGCCGCCGAGGCCAUCGCCUGGAUCCGAAUCUGCAGGCCCGGCUCCAUCAUCGGGCCCCAGCAGAACUACGUGGAGGAAAAACAAGCCGGCCUUUGGGCAGAAGGGGAUCGCUAUCGCGAGAAGAUGGAGCAGGAGAACUGCCUGAACAAGAUGGCCGUCACCAGGAUCCUGUCCGGGGUGGACGACAUCUCCAUCAACGGGAGCAACAAGAACCGGACAUCGGGGAGGCAGGAGGCUGAACACUAUAACGAUGAGGACGAGAGGAACGGGGUGACGCAGGGGGAUAAGCUUCGGGCCCUGAAGAGCAAGAGGCAGGCGCGGUCCUCCACCGGCUCCCUCACAUUGGAAGAGAAUAAAAUUCAUACCAGGUCUUCAUCGCAGUCGCUACGGAUCAUCCUGCGGGGCUGCCAGGCGAAGUCGGCCAGCCUGCCCAAAAGCGCGGACGGGCGCAAGAGGACGCGAUCGUCCCUGGGGAACACCGACCUGGACAGCCGGUUGUUAAGCACGAGGCUGGCCCGGUCUCUAGGCAACCUGAACGUAGUGGCUAGCGACCAGGACUGGUGGGAGCACGGAGGGGCGCGGGCUGGCUGUAGGGCCGUAGACAACAUGGCCGCCCAGACCGGCAACCUAAACGCCAUUAAUGCCAACCACCAGCUGCAGCUCCGCCCCUUGGAGGCGGACCCAGAUUCCCCCUCACACGGCCUGCUUAGUGGGCAGGGCCUGAGUCUGUCUCAUUCAACACCAUGUGGUGCGGGGAAGGAAAACUCGAUGCUCUUUGCAGUCGAUUCGCUUUGCCCGACUAUGUCACUCCAUUCCUAAAGCCAGAGUGCCCCUUCUCCGGUGAAAAUGCCCCAGGAAGUCCGACCGGUCCCGCCACAGAGCUCGCGCCUUGCCCCCCCCCACCCACCACCCCAGAGAGGAUUUCUGUGAUAGAACUCAUUUACCCAGAAUGCACCAAGUGCUCACACUGUGCUUGAUGUUCUGAAACUGUUGACCAAAGGGACUGGAAUAUGGACUGUUGUUUCUUCAGAAGUCAUAGUUGAAUCAAGAUGUGAUAAAUCCUGAAGAUUUGAGCCCUCGCUGUGAGAUUUUGGUCUGGGCUCAAUUUUACAGGGAUCUGCGAUUCUCAUCUUCUUAUGAGAUAAAAUUUCCCCUCUUUUCUAAAGGGGGUUUCCUCCCCCCCCCCCCAAUUUGCCAAGCAACUCGGGAUUAUGUGUCCACCCCAAACUAGAAUGUCCAACUCUGUGUAACCACAGCUGCCCCAUACGCGGACCACCCUGCCAAAUCCGUGAGCCAGGAUGUCCACAGACGUGCCACCAAAUCCCACGGUGUCCAGCCGCUGUUUUUCAUGUCGAAGACUGCGGCUAAGCAGAGUGGCAUUGGAGGAACACCUUUCGUAUGCAGUUCUGCCUUGCAGUCUGACGAGCGCUCGCAUCGGCCUGUGGGGGGCGCUAAAGAGCGACGAAACGUGGAUCCCUAUGGCACUGAAACCCCCCACCCCCAGCCUGGGCGACACAGGCGCCAACUGUGCAUCGCCCUGCUUACUGGCCAGUCGGCACCGGGACGGUCCGGAUUCGGUCCGAGCCCGUGAGGCUCAUCCGUGCACCACAGCGUGGUGCCUUAUCCGAACGAGCCGCCCAGUGCCCCCCAUCCCCCCCCUUUUUUAUUAUUUCUAAUGUUUGAUGUUUGUACCGUAACGACUAACAUGGACUUCAGUGUUGGUAAUAGGCUUGGCUGUUCAGUUCAUAAAUCUGUCAGUGUUUUACUACUUUUCCUCCCAAGUGCUCAGUAUAUACACUCAAUGGCCUCUGCUUUUCUCUGAAGUGAAGUGAGAUUUUUUUUUCCCCGUCUUGUUUUUGCUUCAAGCUGCUGUACUUUAUACUGUAAAUACAUGAACAUUUAAUAUACCGCAGAUCUGGUGUAAUUUUAUACUUGUAAAUAUAUUUUUUAUUUGGUACUAUUUGGUAGUUUUUUGAUUAAUCAUUCUUUCAGAUUCGAGUCAUGCUUACCGAACGUCCUUGGAGCAGUAACGCUUUCAUAUUGAUCAUGGUUAUGGAUCACGUGUGGAAAAUAAUGGUGACUCAAGUACAUGAAAUUAUAGACAACUUGUUGCCAAUUUUUUUUCCCCCAAUAAAAUCUUUCCAUCCUA